AUGGAAAAUCAGAACAAUGUCACUGAAUUUGUCUUCUUGGGGCUGUGGGAGAAUAAGCAAAUGGAGCUAUUCUUCUGUUUCUUGUUCCUGCUCUGUUACUUGGCAGUCUUAAUGGGGAACUUCAUCAUCUUACUCACAAUCACCUGCAGUCAUCUAAUUGGACAACCAAUGUACUACUUUCUCUGCCACCUCUCCUUCAUGGAUAUAUCCUUCACCACUGUUGUAGUUCCCCGGCUAAUCAGAGACUUAGCCUCAGAAAGAAAAAUCAUUUCCUAUAACAACUGUUUAACCCAACUCUUCACCUUCCACUUGCUGGCAGCUGUGGAAAUAUUAAUCCUGGUGUCUAUGGCUUUUGAUCGCUAUGUUGCCAUUGUCAAGCCCCUGCACUACAUGGUCAUCAUGAACUGGAAGAGGUGCAACAUGCUGAUUGUCAUGGCCUGGGGUGUGGGUUUUUGGCACUCAAUGGCUCUACUGCUCAUGGUCCUCAAUUUACCUUUCUGUGGCCCUAAUCAGAUCAAUCAUUACAUGUGUGAUGUGAAGCCUCUUCUGAAACUGGUCUGCAGAGAUAUUCAUGUUGCUAGCGUCUUAGUUAUUGCCAAUUCAGGGUUGUCAGGAGCUUUAAUUUUUCCUGUCCUGAUGACUUCUUACAUACUCAUACUGUACAAUCUUAGGACACAUACCCCUGCAGCACGACACAAAGCUCUCUCAACUUGUAGCUCUCACAUAAUGGUUGUAGCUUUGUUUUUUGUGCCUUGUCUCUAUAUCUAUGCUGUUCCUGCUGAAAGUGAGAUCAAAGACAAGGAAAUCUCUGUGUUUUACACUGUUAUUAUCCCCAUGCUGAAUCCUUUCAUCUAUACACUGAGAAAUAUGGAGAUAAAAAUUGCCUUGAAAAAGGUAUGGUCUCAAAUGGCACAUUUAGAAUUAGAGAUCUCAGAUAGGGUCCUAGGUGUUUGGGGAGCACUUUUAGAAAAUAAGUCAUCACAACAGCAAGCAAAUGAGAAAUUUGAAGAUAAACUCAGGGUGGAUCAGAGACUAUUAGCUUGCUAG